AUGAGCGACAAAAUUCCGACGUGGAACCUGGUUCACAAAUAUGAGAAGCGACAACUUCUCAUCGCAAUCAACUGUGUGGCUGCGUUGUCCAUCCUGUUCUUCGGAUAUGAUCAAGGAAUGAUGGCUGGUGUGAACAAUGCGCAGGAUUAUAUUGACCUCAUGAAAUUUGGGUACACAAAAAUCGAAAAUGGCGAAGCGACACCCGUAGUGACCGAUUCCCUACUCCAAGGCGGGAUUGUUGCUGUAUACUAUUUGGGAACGCUCUUUGGCGCUCUAUUUGGUGGCUGGCUCGGGGAUCGCAUGGGCAGAAUCAAGUCAAUCGCUGCAGGAGCCGCGUGGGCUGUACUUGGCGCAAGUCUGCAAUGUUCCGCACAGAACCAUAGCUGGAUGAUUUGCGCACGUGCUGUCAACGGGAUUGGCACUGGCAUUCUCAAUGCCAUCGUUCCUGUGUGGGCCACAGAAACAGCAGAGCACACCUCGCGUGGACAAUUUAUCGCCAUUGAAUUCACUCUCAACAUUUUCGGUGUGGUUCUAGCCUACUGGCUUGAAUUUGGCCUCUCUUAUAUCGACGGUGGUCGGUCUGCCUUUCGCUGGCGAUUUCCUAUUGCAUUCCAGAUCAUCUUCCUACUGGUCCUUUUUGCGGCAGUCUGGUUCAUGCCUGAAUCUCCUCGAUGGCUUGUCAAAGUUGGACGAGAAGACGAGGCACGCUAUAUCCUCCAACGGCUUCGGGGCAGCUCUCCCGAAGACAACAUGCGCGCCGAGGCCGAAUUCCGGGACAUUCAAAACAUUGCCGAAAUGGAAAAGACGGUCGUUCAUGGCAACUCAUACCUUUCCAUGCUCUUUGGCUGGCAGUCGGGAGAUUUGCACAUUGGCCGUCGGGUGCAACUGGUCAUCUGGCUGCAAAUCAUGCAAGAAUGGGUUGGCAUUGCAGGAGUGACCGUCUACGCUCCAACAAUCUUCAGCAUUGCGGGAUUUGACUCGACCAAGAGUCAAUGGAUCAGUGGAUUGAACAACAUCUUCUACAUGUUUGCGACGUUGGUGUGUGUCUUUACACUAGAUCGUAUAGGCCGACGCUGGACCCUGUACUGGGGUUCCGUCGUUCAGGGCAUUGCCAUGUUCCUGGCUGGUGGUUUCUCACGUCUUGCGAUCAAUGCCCGCGAGGCGGGCAACGUCAGCUCAGCCUCUUCAUACGGUGCUGCAGCCGCCUCGAUGAUAUUCAUUUUCACCUCUACCUUUGGUGCCACUUGGUUAACGGUGCCAUGGCUCUAUCCGGCGGAAAUUUUCCCGCUAGCCGUACGUGCUCGAGGUAAUGCAUGGGGCGUCGUCGGCUGGAGUAUUGGAAAUGGAUGGCUGACCCUGCUGUGCCCGGUCAUGUUUGACGCCAUUGGCGAAAAGACCCUUUACAUCUUUGGAGCCAGCAAUGUCAUUACCAUCCCCAUGGUUUGGGCUCUUUAUCCCGAGAGUAACCAGCGCACUCUUGAAGAUAUGGACCUUCUCUUCGCCGCCAAGACACCUUGGACUUGGGAUGCAGAAAAGACCUUUGCCCGUCUCAAGGCCGAGAAUCCCGGGCUGGUUGACAUUGCCAGCCACAAGAACAAUGUUUUGGACUCGGAGAAUGGACUUGCGCUACCUUCUGAAGCGGCAAAACACGAGGAUGCUGUUGCGGCUGAGCAUGUAGACCGUUCGUGA